UUUUGUGAUGGCCUGAUAGCCGAUAUAUUUUGCGCAAGCCGCUUAUUAUCACACCGUGAAACGAUUUUUUCGAUGUCCCAUCUCUAACAAAAAGUAUCCACUUUUUCACGGCAACAAAGAAUUUGUAUGGCACAGAAUUUAGUAAAUUAACGCAAAUUACAGCCAUUAAAAUGCCAUUUAUUUAGCGCAACGCAGCGGCGACAAGUGCAAUUAUAAGUAUAAAUUGUAAUUUACAAUUUACAAACUGCGACGCAGCCUCGAACAACAAUUUUUGUAUGCUGUAAAGAAAGCCAGGAUAAUGGAGCAGAACUCCAGCACUAUUAUAAACGAGAAGGAGCUGGAAAUCAACAGUGCUGCACCAACAACUACAGCCGCAUGCAGCAGCAGCGACAUCGAUGCCACACAUGAAUUCCAAACCAUGAAGCCGGGCGCAGGACAUAAGUUACAACUACAACAACAACAGCAGCAGCUUGGCAAUGGACGCACUGAGCUGCCACAUAGCGAGCUCGUGAAGAUGCUGUACUAUUUGGAGGGAGAGCUGCAGGCACGCGAUGUGUGCAUCGCUGCGCUGCGCAACGAGCGGGUUAAGCAGCUGAUCACACAGCUGCGCACAAAGCGUGUGCAGCCAAACGAUCCGUAUGCUUCGCUGUUUCGGGAUAAGAUCGCAUUGAACGGGAAUCUGAUUUCUCGCGAGUCCUCCACGCAGGCCGCUCAAGCGGAAAUGGAGGUGCGCCAGAUCAUUGAGCAGCAAAUGGAGCAGCAGUAUCAGAUGGUCAGCAAGCAGCGUGGCACACAUGUGCGCAUGGUUAACAUAUUGACCGAGUCGCUGGAGAACAAUCAGCGCAUGCUGCAGCAGCUAGAGGAGGAGAGGCGCAAGCAUGAGCAUGAUACCGCCCAGGGGGAUGAUAUAACCUAUGGCCUGGAAAUGGAGCGCACCAAGUUGCGCCAGCAGUUGGAGGCGGAGCAGGCGCAGGUGGCAAACAUGGAAAAGGAUCUCAAGAAACUGCAAGAGACGCUCGAGUACGAGCGCAACAGGCAAAAGCAGAUCGUUUUGUUACUUAUCGCGGAACGAAAGAAGAUCCUAAUGAAGUACAUUGAGGAGGGCAAACGUUCAGAGGAUCUGGCUCAAAUUCUCGCCGAAGAGAAGCAGCGCUCCGAUACCAUUGCCGAGGGCCUUGAGGAGGAGAGCAAAAAAUCGCUGCGUAUGGAGGAGGAGCUGGAAAAGCAAACACAAUCAAUGGAACUGGAGCGCAAAACGCUGUUGUCCAAAUUGGCCAAGGAAGAGCUGCGUGUUAAGGAGCUGGAGCAGGAGCUAAACACGUUGCGUAGCGAGCACGAGGCAUUGAAGAAGCAACAUCAACAGCAGCAGCAACAACUGGCUGCCAGUGGCUCAACGGUGGCUGCUGCCAGCAAGUCGCGUCAGUUUAGUGACGACGCAUGUGCCACGCCCAUGGUAAACAUUGCGAAAAUAGUUCAACCAACCGCGACAGUGACCAGUAUGCCGGUUUCGGGUCCACAAACGGGCAUAGCACGCUCUAUUGUGCCAGGCCAAAAUAUACGCAGCGCCGCUGUUGGCAUUGCUACGGUGCCAACGGGGACCGCCACCGCGCCCACGGCGCCAUCUACUCUGGCUGCCGUCAAUCACAACAGCAGCACAGUCGCUACAACGGACGUUGGCGCCGCUGCUUCCAGUGCUGUUGUUGCAACUGCUCCACCAUCACCUUCGCCGGCUAAAAUGCAGCCAACGGCGACCAUACAACGUGCGCCGGGCGGCAAGUACGCAGCACUGGCUGCUGCUGCAGCGCUGGAUCAGACCGCAAUACCACCGCAUCCACAUCCUGUGCCCAUCGCAGUGCCACCUGUUACCGUGCCGCCGGCAGGGGCACGCGGCGCACCACCACCCAUACCAACUAAGCCAAUUGUACCGCCCAAGCGGGAGCCUUCGUUGUCGCGAUUGGGCUCCAUAACGAGCGGCAGUGCUGCUGCCACAGCCAUUGCCGCAGCUGCGGCGGCAGCAACGGCUGCUGUGGCGGCUACCGCAACCACAACAACUGCCUCCUCGACGAGCGCAGCAGCAGCAGUGGUACCGGCGACUACGGCAAAACAUAAUUAGACACCUUUCCUAGACAUCUUUUG